AUGGCUUUCCAAGAGGAUGGGAACCACAGUGCAGUGACAGAAUUCAUUUUAUUGGGCUUAACAGAUGACCCGGUCCUUAGAGUCAUCCUCUUUACCAUCAUCCUUUGCAUCUACCUGGUGUCUGUGUCUGGAAACCUCAGCACAAUCCUUCUCAUCAGAGUCUCUUCUCAGCUCCAUCAACCCAUGUACUUUUUUCUUAGUCACUUAGCUUCUGUUGACAUAGGUUACUCAUCUUCUGUCACACCCAAUAUGCUUUUCAACUUCCUGGUAGAGAAAAGUACCAUCUCCUAUCUUGGGUGUGCCAUCCAGCUCAGCUUAGCUGCAUUUUUUGGUACAAUUGAAUGCUUCAUUCUGGCUACCAUGGCUUAUGAUCGGUUUAUGGCAAUCUGCAACCCACUGCUUUAUUCAACAAAAAUGUCCACACAGGUCUGUAUUCAAUUGAUUGUAGGAUCUUAUAUAGGGGGUUUUGUUAAUGCCUCGUCCUUCACCUUAUUCUUCUUGUCUUUUCUCUUCUGUGGACCAAAUAAAAUCAAUCACUUUUACUGUGAUUUUGCUCCUUUGGUGGAGCUCUCUUGCUCUGAUGUCAAUGUCUCUGAAAUUGUAACGUCAUUUUUUUCUGGCUCAGUUAUUAUGAUGACAGUGUCUGUCAUAGCCAUUUCUUACACCUACAUCCUCAUCACAGUCCUGAAGAUGCACUCUGCCGAGGGUCGCCACAAGGCUUUCUCCACCUGCACUUCUCUCCUCACUGCAGUCACUCUGUUCUAUGGAACAAUCACAUUCAUUUAUGUGAUGCCAAAUUCCAGAUACUCCACAGACCAGAACAAGGUGGUGUCUGUGUUCUAUAUGGUGGUGAUCCCUAUGUUGAACCCACUUAUCUACAGCCUCAGGAGUAAUGAGAUUAAGGAUGCUCUGAAGAAAUAUCUUGGUAAAAAAAUGUCUUCUUAA